GCGGCUCGGCACGGCCCGCGCAGCCCCGCGCAGCCCCAUGGCCCUCAUCAUGGAGCCCGUGAGCAAGUGGUCGCCGAGCCAGGUCGUGGACUGGAUGAAAGGUUUGGAUGACUGUCUGCAGCAAUAUAUUAAGAAUUUUGAGAGAGAGAAGAUCAGUGGUGACCAGCUACUACGGAUUACUCAUCAAGAACUAGAAGAUCUUGGAGUCACACGCAUUGGUCAUCAGGAGCUUAUCUUGGAAGCAGUUGACUUGCUCUGCGCAUUGAAUUAUGGCUUGGAAACAGAAAAUCUAAAAACCCUUUCUCACAAAUUGAAUGCAUCUGCCAAAAAUCUGCAGAACUUCAUAACUGGGAGGAGGAGGAGUGGUCAUUAUGAUGGACGGACGAGCCGCAAAUUGCCAAAUGACUUUCUGACAUCAGUAGUAGAUCUGAUUGGAGCAGCAAAAAGUCUACUGGCUUGGUUGGACAGAUCACCUUUUGCUGCUGUGACAGAUUACUCAGUUACAAGAAAUAAUGUCAUACAGCUCUGUCUGGAACUAACAACAAUUGUACAACAGGAUUGUACAGUAUAUGAAACAGAGAAUAAAAUUCUUCAUGUGUGUAAAACUCUCUCUGGUGUCUGUGAUCAUAUUAUCUCACUCUCUUCCGAUCCUCUGGUUUCCCAGUCUGCCCACCUUGAAGUGAUCCAGCUUACAAACAUCAAGCCAAGUGAAGGGCUGGGUAUGUACAUUAAAUCAACAUAUGAUGGUCUCCAUGUAAUUACUGGAACAACAGAAAAUUCACCUGCAGAUCGGUGCAAGAAAAUCCAUGCUGGAGAUGAAGUGAUUCAAGUUAACCACCAAACUGUGGUGGGGUGGCAGUUGAAAAAUUUGGUGAAUGCACUACGAGAGGAUCCGAGUGGUGUUAUCUUAACUUUGAAAAAGCGACCUCAGAGCAUGCUUACCUCAGCACCAGCUUUACUGAAAAAUAUGAGAUGGAAGCCCCUUGCUCUGCAGCCUCUUAUUCCUAGAAGCCCUACAAGCAGUGUUGCUACGCCAUCCAGCACUAUCAGCACGCCUACGAAAAGAGACAGUUCUGCCCUGCAGGAUCUCUACAUACCCCCUCCACCAACAGAACCUUAUGUUCCCAGGGACGAAAAGGGAAAUCUUCCGUGUGAUGAUGUUGGCAGACACAUAGUGGGCAAGCCGGUUCACACAGGAUCCGAAUCUCCAAAUUCAUUCCUUGACCAAGAAUAUCGGAAGCGCUUUAAUGUCGUUGAAGAAGAUGCAGUUUUAUACUGCUAUGAAUAUGAGAAAGGAAGAACGAGCGGUCCUGGGAGGAGAGAGAGCACACCAACAUAUGGGAAACUAAGGCCUAUUUCUAUGCCAGUAGAAUAUAAUUGGGUGGGGGAUUAUGAAGACCCCAAUAAAAUAAAAAGAGAUAGUAGGAGAGAAAAUUCGUUACUUCGCUAUAUGAGCAAUGAGAAAAUAGGUCAAGAAGAAUACAUGUUUCAAAGGAAUAGCAAAAAGGAUACUGGGAAAAAAUCCAAAAAGAAGGGAGACAAGAGUAAUAGUCCAAGCCAUUACUCGUUGUUGCCUAGCUUACAAAUGGAUUCACUGAGGCAAGAAGUUAUGGGCACACCUGGACCAGAAACAACUUUGUAUCAUACAUUUCAGCAAUCUUCUCUACAGCAGAAAAGCAAAAAGAAGAACAAAGCUCCUAUUCCUGGUAAAAGCAAAAGAAGGAUCUCAUGUAAAGACCUUGGCCGAGGGGACUGUGAAGGCUGGCUUUGGAAAAAGAAAGAUGCCAAGAGCUAUUUCUCCCAGAAAUGGAAAAAAUAUUGGUUUGUCCUGAAAGAUACAUCUCUAUAUUGGUAUAUCAAUGAAGAGGAUGAAAAAGCCGAAGGAUUCAUCAGUCUACCUGAAUUUAAAAUCGAUAGGGCCAGUGAAUGCCGCAAGAAAUAUGCAUUCAAAGCCUGCCAUCCUAAGAUCAAAAGUUUUUAUUUUGCUGCUGAACACCUAGAUGAUAUGAACAGAUGGCUAAACAGAAUUAACAUGCUUGCUGCUGGCUAUGCAGAAAGAGAGAGGAUCAAACAAGAACAAGAUUACUGGAGUGAGAGUGAUAAGGAGGAAGCCGACACUCCAUCAACACCCAAGCAGGACAGCCCACCACCUCCAUAUGACACAUACCCACGGCCUCCUUCGAUGAGCUGCGCGAGCCCGUAUGUGGAGCCCAAGCACAGUCGCCUCUCGUCCACGGAGACCUCUCAGUCGCAGUCGUCGCACGAGGAGUUUCGCCCGGAGGCAGUGGGGAGCGCCACCGACUCGCCGGUGCGCAAGACGGCGAGCCAGCGGCGCUCCUGGCAGGACCUCAUAGAAACACCUCUGACGAGCUCGGGACUCCACUACCUGCAGACACUGCCGCUGGAGGACUCAGUGUUCACCGAGACCGUUGUGGUGUCCCCCGAGCACCGGCGGCAAUCCACGCUGCCCACCCAGAAGUGCCACCUGCAAGACCACUACGGCCCCUUCCCGCUCGUGGAGGGGGAGCGGAUGCAAGUGCUCAACGGAAACGGGGGCAAGCCCCGAAGUUUCACGCUGCCUCGGGAUAGUGGCUUCAAUCACUGCUGUCAGAGCCUUUCUGUCGGCACCGCCGAUCACCAUGAAGAGGCACCACAGAAGGAAGAAGAGGAAGAGGAGGAGGAGGAAGGCAAACCAGCAGAAGAAAACCAGGAAGACAAAACUGAAACUAUAAAAGAAAAAACAGCAGACUCCUUGCAAGACCUGUACAGAGCCUUGGAGCAGGCCAGCCUGUCUCCGCUAGGAGAAAGACGGAUUUCCACUAAGCUGGAGUAUAAGAAAUCUUUUAUAAAGAGAUGUAGUGAUCCAGUAGUCAAUGAAAAACUGCACCAGCUGCGAAUUCUGAAAAGCACUUUAAAGGCCAGGCAGGGAGAGGUAGCCGCUAUUGAUAAAGUUCUGGAUCAUCCUGAUUUGACCUCCAGAGACUUUCAGGAAUGGAAGCGAAUGUACCUGGACCUCUUUGCGCACACCCGUCCGAGCAGCACCCCAAGGGACUCUGUUAACGGCUCUUCGGAGGUUGAUGUCCUUAUAGCCACCUUAGCACACACCCACUCCUACAUUGAAACGCAUGUAUAGAGGGACUCAUUUUCUCCCUUUUACCACACUCCAGCCCUUUACUUACGUGUAUAGAGUAGUUUUUAUAGCAUUAUGUGAGAGCUCUAGUAAGUUAUAUUUUAAUGUUACACAGCUGUGUGAAGAAAACCUUCGUUGGUUAACAAUACCGUAUCUUUAAGGAGGAUUUGUAUAUUUUAUAUGCUACCAAUACUUGGCUCGCGUUUAUCUUCUGUGAAAUAAAUGAACAUGGUCUUUAACUAUUGAAGAGAAGUGUUGAAAAGCAUUUUUGGAAGACUGCAUCCUUCUCACAGAAAGUUCUACGGACAAAUGUUUUGUUACUGAAGGUCACUUUUACAAUGAAAUUUUUUAUUACAUAACUCCACUGUUGCAUUGCAUUGCAUUUUUGGAGUGCAGGUACUAUUUUGUUGGCGUGAAAAAACCUUUUUUUUUAUACUUAAUAAAAAACUCUAGGAGUUUUCUUAAAUGACAGGGAAAAAAUGUAAUGCAGUAGCUGUUUCAGGUUUGUCAAACAGAUAAAAGGAUAAAAAUCAGCAAACAAAAAUGACUAAUGUGAAUUUAAGUGUUAAGAGAUUAGGUCUUAUUUCCUUGCGAUUUUUUAAAAGCCUGUUGCUCAGGUUUACCAUCAGUACAAAGGGAUGCUGGUUUCUAUUCUAAUUAAAACCAAAUUAUUUGUUAUAUGUCUCUUAGCUAUAUUUCGUUGAUUUAAAAAAAAAAGUCAUGUUCCUGUCAUCCAUGCUUCUAUUGAAGGUAUUGGUAUAAUAUGCAGAUUUUGGAACAGAGAAAAUUUUUAUUUUGAACAUCCUUGUCAAAGGUAUUUCUCCUGCUCAGAAAAAAACAGCAGUGGAAAAGGUUCCCUAUAAAAUGCUCUGCAUCUGAGAGGCUUUGAAAAUUCCCACAAUAGAAGAGGAAUGAAUAGGAUUUUUCAAAUAGUCUUUUAUUUGUUUUGUGAGCUGUGAAAUUUGAGCAUAUUGUAUGCAGGGAAAAAAUGUGAAGGGAACAGAGCUGAGCACAGAACAUGAAAAAUAGCUGAGACCUUAAAAAGCCUGGUUUGCUUUUGAGAGGGUUUCAGUCUCCAGAUUCUGCUGAGUUCACAAGCCAAUUAAAAUGUUUUAGACUUCCAUGAGAUUUGAGAUGUGCAGGAGACAACCUGGUAAAUCUGAGUAGGAACAUCUCCUUAGAGUCAGGCACAUGCUAGGAAAGUGGGAUGUAAAUCUUAAAUCAUGUAUUUACUCUUUCUGGGCUUGUUUAUGAAGUGAGCAGAGCUUGACAAAAUAUUUGUGCUGCUUCUCAGUGUUUUGCUGCAUAAGUUAGGACUCAUGAUAUGAUUUAUUAAUGCUCAUGUGAAAGAGAAAAGCCUCCUUUGUACUUCUUAUAGUAAGUUGUACUCCUAACCAACUUGCCUAUUUAGCUCAGUGAAUGUUCUUUAAACUUCAUGAGCUCUGAUAUUUUCUGGC